AUGCACGGAGGCAUAGUUCUUAUCGCGCUGGUUUUCGGCCUGUUGGCCGUCGCGUUCCCAUUUGCGGGUGCCCAAUUUAGUGGUUGCGAUAGGCAGAAAACUUUCACGACCGGUGAAGUGUUCUACGUGGAGACGCCGAACUUUCCCAACUAUUACGCGAAGGGCACUAACUGCCGCUGGCAGCUGACGGCCCCGGCCGGCAACACGUUCUACGUCAAUUGCUAUGAUAUCUAUCUGGCAACGUCAACCGGAUGCAAGGAAGAUCGUUUGGAGAUAUCCCUCCAAAAUGAUCCUACGCUCGCCUAUGCCACCAAGUACUGUGGACAGAACACUUUCACGCUCCAGUCUACCGGCAAUCGGGCGGUGUUUGCCUUGCGAACGACAACCACCUCCACGGGGGGACGGUUCCGGUGUCAAGUCGUGGCCCAAGCCGCUCCAAAAUGCACUUGUGGAUUGCGCCGCACAUCGAAGAUCGUCAAUGGUGUCCCGACGCUGGUCAACGAGUUCCCGAUGAUGGCGGCUCUGGUGGAUUCUGCAUCACGCGCAGUCUUUUGCGGUGCUACCAUCAUCUCGGAGUAUCAUGCGUUAACAGCCGUCCACUGCAUGAGAGGACGCAGCAUCCCAGCAUCAGGGUUGCUGGUGGGUGAUCACGAUACAAAAGUCGGUACUGACACUAGCUACUCGGUGCUGAUGCGCAUCGCCUCCGUUACGAACCAUCCGUCGUUCGUGUUCAGCCCUUCGCAGAACGAUAUAGCCAUCGUGCGUACCGUAGAUCGCAUCAUCUUCAACGCGGGCGUAUUACCGGCCUGUCUACCAUUCCGAUUUUCCGGCUCCAACUUUGCGGGCUCCAUUGUCGAAGCGACCGGCUGGGGUACGUUGGACUAUGGGGCACAAGUCUCAACGGUUCUCCGGAAGGUGUCGCUUAACGUCAUUACGCAGCCAGCCUGCCAAGCGGCCGUGGCCAACAUUCUCCCAUCGCAUAUAUGCACCUUCACGCCCAACAAGGACUCGUGUCAGUACGAUUCGGGCGGUCCACUCCUGUACACGUACGGUGGCUACGUGUAUUUGGUCGGUAUCAUCAACUACGGUCAAGCCUGCGCCACUACCAAACCAUCGAUCAGCAGCCGAGUCACUUCCUACCUGUCGUGGAUCCAAAGCAUGACACCGGGCAUCACCUACUGUACGCCAUAA